GCUGUCUGAAUGAAGCUAUGGGCUGUGCCUCCGCCAAGCAUGUUUCUACCGUUCAAAACGAAGAGGAAACUCAGAAGGGCAAAAACUAUCAGAAUGGAGAUGUGUUUGGUGAUGAGUAUAGGAUCAAACCAGUGGAAGAGGUCAAAUACAUGAAAAAUGGGGGAGAAGAUGAUCAGAAAAUAGCAGCCAGGAACCAAGAAAACUUGGAAAAAAGUGCCAGUUCCAAUGUAAGACUUAAAUCUAAUAAAGAAGUCCCAGGAUUAGUACAUCAACCCAGAGCAAACAUGCACAUCUCUGAAAGCCAACAAGAAUUCUUCAGAAUGCUUGAUGAAAAAAUUGAAAAGGGUCGUGACUAUUGUUCAGAAGAGGAGGAUGUCACAUAGUGCCAGCUCUGCCCCUCGCCCCAGGAGUACUACUGUGUAAAUAGAUUACAACCCAGUCAAGACCUUUUUGGAAGUCUUCUAGAGUGAGCAGCACUACAUACCAGAAGA